CGGUGAACCAGGACGAGGGCUAGGUGAACUGGCCAGGCGGAUACUCCUGGUAACCCUGCCACACCCAUCCCACAAAUGCACGCCACCUGAACGAACACAGAACAGAAGGUGAGAAAUCGUCUUCGCGUUUCGUUGGUUGUCGCUUUCCUUACUUGUCGUCAGCAGCCAUUGUGUUGCGGUAUCUGGCGAGGAUGGCUAUGUGUAUGGUGGGAAUGAGGACAGUCCAGAUAAACAGGCCGGCGUACGCAUAGGUGACCACUCCACCGUGGGGGUCCUGACCACACAACUGGACGGACAGACGGACAGCGAGACAUGCUAUCGGAGCAUCUUAUGUACGCACGUGUCUCUCUUUUCAUCUUUACCCUGUCAAAAUCCGGCACUAAAUGCACCUCAUCGGUCGACGUCAGCCGCCGACAGCGAAACACCUCUAUAAAAUACCUGAGCAACCAUAACAAACAAGGCCCGUCCGAUUCAUACGAACAAGCAGUUGCGCACCUGGUGAGCAUAGCAUAGCACGAGUACAGGAGCAACAGGAAGGCCCCACACGUGACCACACGAUACCUCAGCCUCUCCCUCUGACGCCUCUUCAUACCCGUCGCCCCGCCACCCUCCCCCUCACCCCCAGCCUCAAGCCGCCGCCGCCUCAUCCACUGACGCUCCUUACGCGCAAAGGGGAAGGCGAACGGAGGCACCAGGGGCGUCCCGGACUCCUUAAUGGCGUGUCGAACGACAUAUGAAGAUGCCACUGCUGCCGCCAUGGCAGCAAGGGCAAGGGGAAAGAAUGCGGUGAUCUGGACUUUGGUCAGGAAGGGAGAGCCGCCAUCCGACGGCUGCAGGGGAGACAAAUGCACCUUAGUGAGAAAAACAGGUGUCCCCGUAUCUGUGUGUGCAGGAUAAUUACUGAGAUGAAGCAGUCGAGAGAGUCGAUGAGGGACGUGAUGAGGCUCACACUCAUGAUGGUCGAGCCGGCAACGGGGAAAUUCGCCGUCAUCGGCCUGCAAACAAGCGCAACAUUGCCGGCAGUCCUUUGCUGUCCGCUCACCCACCUGAGUGUGCUGACGUCUUGCAUGAAGUCGAUAAAUCCCCGCACCACGCACAGCACACGACUGAACUGUUCACCGCUGUGUGACGUCUCCUCCAUCUCCCCAACAGACCAGUAGGCCAAUGUCGCCAAGCCAAUCGCCAGUGCGAGAAGAAGCCCGAUGGCUGCGAGGCCCUGCAGCCCUUCACACGACUCACAGAGUGCGGCUGGCUUAGAGAGGGGCGGACGGUGCCCUGACGCACACUGCACUAAGGGAAGAAACACAAAAGGACUCACAGAGGCUGUAUGCAUGGAUCGAAUGUGUGAUGAAAGGUGCCUCACCUGAGCACAGAGGACUCCCUGGCGCCCGUCAGCACAGCUGCUGUUGGCGAGGCACGCCGCCCUUAUCGGACACGUCUCGCGGUAAUCAUACUGCGCCUUUGGGCCCAGCGUAGAACACAGCCUCUCCUGCAGCGAUGGCUCUUGCCUCUCCGUGGCAUUCGGCCCACUUGUCGCAUUCUGUCCACUAUCUGUGUCUCCGGUGGCGUUGAACUCUGCACAGUAUGCUCUGAGUGUCCAGAACCCAAGGUAGUCGUCUUCAGGUCCGGUUGCACGGCAGUAUUCGCCAGCCGUACAUCGCUCGCAGCCUCCCCCCGCCCCCCUCUUGUACCCACUCGCACAGUAGCAAUCAUCAGCAAUUGUCGCUCCUCGCUUGCCCGUCACUGAUCGAUCAAGAAACAAGAGCAGCACCAAUUGUGCGUGUCUAGAGCACUCAGUCAUGACGCACCUGUGUUUGGCCCGCAUGUCUGGCAUGCAGCAGUGGCCGUCUCCCCGCUCCAGGUGCCAUCAGGGCAUAAGAGACAUUCGUCAAUGUCGGCAGCCCCAGUCUGUGAGUACUUCCCCUCGCCGCACGGGUAGCACACGCCGUCUCUCCAGUACCUGCCUCCGGGACAAGGCAGGCAGCCGACCUCUGUGGGUGCAAGGCCCUCACUGCAGUUGAAGGAUGAACAGGCGUCCGCGUUUGUCUCGGCGAGAGACGCGUUGCCAGGAAGACUGUCACAGCACACACACGUUUAUGUCACAGUGGCACUGUGGCCCAUUACGCACAAGCAGAUAUCAAGCGCCGGACGGGGAGGCGAUGGCUGUGAGGAUUCAUUCGCACUCUGGAGAUACCUGACGACGGACAGACGGGGAGUGCCCGCAUGGAUGUCUGCGUGGCCUGUCUCGCUUUGUCUCACCUUGUCCCAUGCGCCGCCUCCCCGUGCUCAUCCCAUUCGAACAGGCCUGAAGUGCCCCCAGAUGGCGCCAAUCGAAGGGCCUUGACACUCACUUCAGACGCAGGCAAGUUGGACGCAGGAAUGGCGUACUCGGGAAAGGGGGCCGGCCUAUGGCCAUGUGCACCACCGAUAACAGCUGCAAGGGCUACUAAAGAAGCUUUGAGCAU